UAAAAACAAAGAUGCAGUAUUAAAUAUCGAAUAGAAUGUGACGUUAGCAACUUACACUAGUGCAGAAUCGUUGUUCAUUAAUUAAAAAUGUAAAUAACUCAAAUGAUAUAAAAAAAUGUUUCGUGGUGCACGACAACGCGGUUUCAUUCCCGUACUUCAAAGUUAUAGUGCUUCUCCUCUGGAAUUAUGGAACACGAAAGUGCAGAAUGGCAGUUUACGUCGAAUUACGGAUGAGCAAGUACGAGCACUGGCUCUUGAAAUUUCAAGUACAAAUGUCUCCACAUGUUAUAUCUUCUGCCCAAAAGAUCAAAAAAUUUCACUUGGAAUCCAUAUGCCAUUUCUUGUCAUGAUAAUUAAGGGCAUGAAGAAAUAUUUUACCUUUGAAAUUACGAUACUUGAUGAUUGUAAUAUGCAUAGAAGAUUUCGAAUGAGCAAUUUUCAGAAAAUAAAUCGAAUCCAUCAUUUCUCAACAUCCAUGCCCUUGUGUUUAAAUGCUGGUUGGAAUGAAAUGUACUUUGAUCUUGAUGAUUUAACUAGAAGAGCAUAUAAAACAAAUUAUGUGGAAACAACUAAAUUACAGAUCCAUGCAAAUUGUAGAAUUCGAGUGAUUUAUUUUUGUGAUAAAAUUUAUGAUGACACAGACAUACCUCAGAAAUUUAAGAUGUUUUUGCCAAACAAUCACAUUUGUCAUAAAAAGAAAACUGAUGAAUUACAUAAGGAUACCCCUGAAUCUACUCAAGACAAUGAAUUUGAAGCUGAAUCUCAAUUAUUAGAAUGUGCAGAAUAUAAAAAAAAAGAGAAUGAGGAAGAAAAAGAAAAUGAUUUAAAUGAAUGUGAGACAAUAAUUCAGGAGUCAAUAAUGGAACGAAGAAUUCUCCAUGAGAUUUCAUCUAUUGAAGGUGAAGAAUCAAUAAUUGAUGAAAAUGAAAAUUGUAAUAUGUAAUAAAAUCAACAAUUUAUAACAAGAUAUGCAAAAACGUGAUGAAUAUAAAAUAAAAAUCAGGCAGACUAGAACUACAAAAUGCCUGUAUAAUUUUUUAAAUAUAAAAUUUAAAAAAA